AUGCGCGGCCGUCCGGAGCCCUCAUUCACGUCUUACGCGUCGAGACGUUUACACAUUAUUCAGUGCACAUCUCACUGCUCAUUGACGAAUUCGAAUAGUAAAAUGAUUAAAGGAAUUCAUCAUAAGUCUAACUACACUCUAUACGUAAAUGACUCACCGAAAAUGGUGGCAAUCGCACCGGCACCUGAAACUCGAUUAACAUUAGAGUUGGAACCAAAAAAAUAUAAUUACAAGAACUGCAGCCACAACGGAACUCAAGCUGCUUCGAUUGCAAGAAGAAACGCCAGGGAAAGGAACCGUGUGAAACAAGUGAACGAUGGAUUCAACGCGUUGAGGAAAAGACUGCCUGCCGCAGUCGUAGCCGCAUUAUCCGGAGGCGCGAGACGUGGUUCCGGGAAGAAACUCAGCAAAGUAGACACACUACGAAUGGUCGUCGAAUAUAUAAGGUAUUUACAAAAUAUGAUUGACGAAAGCGAUGCAGCGCUUGGCAUUCCGAAGCAGCCUUCGAUAGACUUAUCGACGAUCAGCUAUGAAGCGGAUGAUGGUGUCUUCGAAAGGAGUUCUCCAUAUACGGACUCCGUUCCUUCACCGGCGGGCUCUGAAAGCUCUUCAGGCGUGUCAUCAAACUAUUCACAAGGCUACAUUCCAAAUUUUCAAAUCGAAGAACAAAUAACUCCAAUGGAUGACGACCUACUUAAUACUAUCUCGUGGUGGCAAGAAAAGUGAUUAUUGUAUCCGUUAAUAUCGAUGUAUGUAAUCUAGUCAUUUUUUUAGACAAUUUAGCGUCUCUUUGUGUAAAUUUUGUACAUUCCUGUAUAUAGUAAGUUAUAAAUAAAUUAAAAAUAUUGUUUACAAGUAGCGGCUGUGAGUAGCAUUUCCAGGUUGUGAAAUUAAAUAUAAGACUGAUUAUAUUCGACCAUUUUGUAAAUGUUUUUUUGUGAAUAAACCUUUAUUACAC